AUGAUCGUAUCACGACUAUCUUUCGGCUUACUUAAAAAGUCAAAUUAUUCGGUAGAUUUCAAGCCACUGUACUGGCGAUCUUUUGCAACUUCCUGUGACCGGCUCAGUGACGCUCGUGCGAAGGCUGAGCCAUCAGAAACACACGAGAAAAUACCACAUUCAGCAGUGCUGCAAGAAGCUCCGAAAGCCUACGGCAAAGAUGUCUCUGAAUUCACGCCUAGGCCUCUCGAUCGCCCAAUCGGUCUCUGCUCCCCACCGCAGGCCGGAGAGAAUUCUGGUAUAGAUACACGCACCUGGAAACAGCGGCGAGAUGACUUCGUAGACUACGAUAAGCACAUUUUACGACGAAGGCAGCUAACGGCCAAAAUGGCGACCCCAUAUUUUCGGGAGUGGAAGAAUAUGCGCUUCGCCAAAGGGAAAUCUUUCCUCGCGCCUCCGCGACUAUUUAAAGCCGACAAGGCACUGUAUUUUCCUAAUCUAUGCGGUAGAACCUUACUCAGGGAUGGGAAGUUGCGCGAUACAACGCCCAUACUUCAAAACAAAAUUUCAAUCCUUAGUGUUUACAGUAGCGCGUGGGGCGAGAACCAAGCAGCAUCUUUCAUCUCAAAAGAAAAAAAUCCUCAACUGCACGAAAUAGUCAGUAAAAGCGGGGAUAUAGCGCAAAUCGUGCAAGUCAAUUUCGAGGACAAUGCACUCAAGGCUCUAUUAAUCAGGCUUUUUUUAGGAUCUCAAAGGAAGAAGCUCAAACAGGAGAACUGGGGAAAGUAUUUCAUUGUGCAAAAGGGGCUGUCUAUAGAGUUGAGAGACAUGAUUGGUUUGUUGAAUAAAAAAGUCGGUUACACCUAUCUACUAGAUAGAGAAUGUAAAAUAAGGUGGGCUGGAAGUGGAUUUUGUGAAGAUAGUGAAAGGGAAGGCCUCGUUAAAGGGGUAAAGAAGCUCAUCGAUGAUUCGAACAUCCCGAAAAACACUGUAAAUAAAAUGUCGGAAUCUGAUAGUUAA